AGAAUAUAUGGGUGACCAAUCACUGAAGGUUGGCUUCUUAAGCUUCACGUCAACCCUCUUCCCCUUUCUCACGUCACAGCAAAAAGAGCUUCACUUCCUCUUUGCUCACUCGUAUCAAACCUCACUUCAGAUUAAACCCCAAUAAAGAAGAAAUCACUGGACUCUGUCAGUCGUAGGGUUUCUAGCUUGAUCAUUUGGGGAUUCUCUCAUUCUCACUUUAUCAGUAAGGUCAAUUCUUCAUGAAUAUACCAAGAAUGAUGGUGGACUUCUGAUACAGAAUUGGGGCCAGAAUUGAAGGACUUAAUUGAGGAAUAAUGCGGCUGUUUCCGUUGAGCUCGAGCUCCGGUUCGAGUUCAAUCUCGGAUAAGGAGCAGGGUAAUGGAGGGAACAAUCGCGCGAUGUUGUAUCUAAAUGUUUAUGAUCUUACACCUAUAAAUAAUUACAUUUACUGGUUUGGGGUUGGGAUCUUCCAUUCCGGCAUUGAAGUGCAUGGUAUGGAGUUUGGAUUUGGAGCCCACGAAUACCCUACCAGUGGGGUAUUUGAGGUGGAACCAAAAAGUUGUCCAGGCUUCAUCUUCCGAAGGUCACUAUUACUGGGCAGCACCAACCUUUCCUUAUCGGAAGUUCGAUCAUUCAUGGAACAUCUUUCUACAAAAUAUCAUGGAGAUACUUACCAUUUGAUUGCUAAAAAUUGCAACCACUUUACAGAUGAAGUCUGUUUGCAGCUAACAGGGAAGCCUAUUCCUGGAUGGGUAAAUCGUCUGGCACGAGUAGUUUCAGGUUCUUUCUGUAAUUGUCUAUUGCCAGAAAGCAUUCAGAUGGCAGCAGUUAGACAUCUUCCCGAUCAUCCAGCAUAUUCUGAUGAUGAUGGGUUAGAAUCUAUCACGUCAUCUGUGUCAGCCAAUAGUGAAGGAGAGGAUUCAGAUCAUCUUCUGCUGAACGUACCCAAUGGUGAUGUUGCAUUUUUAAAGGAACAACCAGUAAGGUUAGCGAGGGAACACGUUUAGAACUUGCCUGCAAUUCAUGUUCUUUCUACGUGGGAUCUUUAUGUUGUAUGUACUUUAGUGUAUGACCUUCAGGGUAUCAUGACAAUGCCUUUGGUUUAAUUAAUUAAAUCCUUUGGUGUC